GAAUAGGUCAGUGUCUGUCCACUGGCGCUUCAACCAACGUGGGCUGUGGAUGUGGCACCGCUGACUACGUGUCUCUUCUCUUCAAGUGCACGCUCAAGUGUAGAAGCGGCUGCCUGGAUUCGAACAUUAAUUGUUCAAAAGUUACACCAACAUGUUUGCCAGAUUGGCUGCCUGCUCUCACUUGCCAGCCAGGGUCCGGCAAUUGAAUGUCUCCUCCGUGUCAAUCCGGUCAUUUUCUCAGACCAAAUUUGUGGCCCCCCGACCCCAUGGCAAGUCGUUUGCCCACCGCAGUGAGCUGAAGCAAGCGAAACGAGUCGUCGUGAAGCUGGGUAGUGCUGUGGUGACCCGCGGCGAUGAAUGUGGGUUAGCGCUGGGAAGGCUGGCUUCAAUAGUAGAGCAGGUGGCCAUGUUGCAGAACCAAGGCAGGGAGAUGAUGAUCGUCACCAGUGGUGCCGUAGCAUUUGGAAAACAGAGAUUGCGACAUGAGAUCCUUCUUUCUCAAAGCGUUCGGCAAGCCUUGCAUUCUGGCCAGAACCAGCUGAAAGAAAUGGCAAUUCCAGUUCUGGAGGCGAGAGCGUGUGCAGCUGCUGGUCAGAGCGGUCUGAUGGCGCUGUAUGAGGCGAUGUUCACCCAGUACAGCAUCUGCACGGCCCAGAUUCUGGUGACAAAUCUGGAUUUCCAUGAUGAGCAGAAGCGUCGAAACCUCAACAGUACUCUCCACGAACUGCUACGGAUGAACAUAGUUCCCAUCAUUAACACCAAUGAUGCCGUCGUGCCGCCACCUGUGCCAAACAGUGACAUGCAAGGAGUAAAUGUAAUAAGCAUCAAAGACAAUGACAGCUUAGCUGCACGACUGGCUGUGGAGAUGAAAGCAGAUCUUCUUAUCGCGCUUUCUGAUGUGCAAGGUCUUUAUGACAGUCCUCCAGGAACUGAUGACGCCAAGCUCAUUGAUAUAUUUUACCCUGGAGACCAGCAGUCGAUCACAUAUGGAACCAAGUCUAGAGUUGGAAUUGGGGGCAUGGAAGCGAAGGUGAAAGCAGCACUGUGGGCUCUGCAGGGGGGGACGUCUGUUGUCAUUGCUAAUGGCACUGACCCCAAGGUGACAGGCCACGUGAUCACAGACAUUGUGGAGGGGAAGAAGGUCGGCACCUUCUUCUCUGAAGUGAAACCAGCAGGUCCAACUGUGGAGCAGCAGACAGAAAUGGCUCGGCAUGCAGGCAGAGCACUGGCUUCACUGGAUCCAGAUCAGAGAGCAGAGAUCAUCUGCUCCCUUGCCGAACUGCUCACAGAGAAGAAAGAUGAGAUCCUCAGUGCCAACAGACGAGACAUGGAGCUGGCGACAACAUCAGGCCGUUACUCUCAGGCUUUGAUCGACCGUCUGAGCCUGUCCACUGCUAAACUGAACAGCCUGGCGAUCGGCCUGCGUCAGCUGUCCGUCUCCUCCAGGAAUAGUGUGGGUCGGGUUUUGAGGAGAACCAGGAUUUCCAACAACCUGGAGCUGGAGCAGAUAACUGUCCCCAUCGGUGUCCUGCUGGUCAUCUUCGAGUCGCGCCCUGACUGCCUCCCACAGGUGUCAGCUUUGGCCAUUGCCAGUGGAAACGCUUUGCUACUAAAGGGAGGCAAGGAAGCAGCAAACACCAACCGAAUUUUGCAUCAGCUCACCCAGGAAGCUCUUUCCAUUCAUGGAGUUAGUGAUGCCGUUCAACUGGUGAGCACAAGAGAAGAGGUCGAGGAUUUGUGCCACCUGGACAAGGUUAUUGAUCUCAUCAUCCCCAGAGGUUCAUCUCAGCUGGUCCGCGACAUCCAGAGAGCCGCCAAGGGCAUCCCUGUGCUGGGCCACAGUGAGGGGGUGUGCCACGUCUACAUUGACAAUGAGGCCAGCAUAGACAAGGCUAUUGACAUUGUGCGAGACUCCAAAUGUGACUACCCAGCCGCUUGCAACGCCAUGGAAACCCUCUUAAUUCACAGAGAUUUGCUGCGGACUCCUAUAUUUGACCAGAUCAUCGACAUGCUGAGAGCUGAAAAUGUAAAAAUCCACGCUGGUCCACGGUUUGCUUCCUAUCUUACCUUCAGUCCCUCGGAGGUGAAAUCUUUGAGGACGGAGUAUGGUGACUUGGAGUGCUGCAUCGAAGUGGUGGACAGCAUGCACGACGCGGUGGACCAUAUCCACAAAUAUGGCAGCUCUCACACCGACGUCAUCGUGACGGAGAACGAAGAGACGGCAGAACAGUUCCUGCAGCAGGUGGACAGCGCCUGUGUGUUCUGGAACUCCAGCUCUCGCUUCGCAGACGGCUACCGCUUCGGACUUGGAGCGGAGGUCGGUAUCAGCACGGCACGUAUCCAUGCCAGGGGGCCAGUGGGCUUGGAAGGCCUACUCACCACCAAGUGGGUCCUUAGAGGGGAAGGACAAACGGUGGCCGACUUCUCCGAGCAAGGCAGCAUGAAAUACCUCCAUGAAAACCUCCCCGUGCCACAGGGGAACUUCAGCUAGACCUACAAACAACAGUCGAGAUUACAAACUGAGUGUAAGGACUGAAUGUCUGAGUCAGCUUCAGACACUAUUUCAGUACGUUGAUGACGGCAGGGUGCCAUCAUGCUGAGCAGAAGCUGCUGUUUUAGAAGACCUGUGACAGAAUCACAUUUUACCAAACGGAAUACCUCCCAACGACAAAAGCAUUAGUGUUUUAGUGUCAUGAAGACUAAGGUCCUUCCUCCAAAUCGAAUCAUUGACCCAGUUGUGAUUUUCUAACUUAUUUUUCUACACAUCCCUCCUUCUCUUUUUGUACUUUACUUCAAGCGACAUGGAUGCAGGGACCUGACGAAUGCUUUUCUUCUGCUUUAGCUUUCUGGUUUCAAUAAAUAUUAU